CUAUGAUCUUUUAGAGUGUUUUAAAACUUACGUAAGUACUUAUAAUUUGUUUUACUGUGGUUAAAUAAAAUCAUUUCAUUAAAAAAAAUAAUAAAGGUUACAGUUAAUAAUAAUAACUAAACUAUAGCUAAUAUUAAUUAAACUUAAAACUAAAAUUACGGUGAAACGAAACAACUCAAUCUAAAAAUUACAAGAAUUGUGGUUGAGAGCUUGCAUUUUUUAUUUGAGCAAAUAAAUAUCUAAGAAUCUUUAAAUUAUGCUUAAUCUUUAAAUUAUGCUUUUUAAAUAAUAAUUUCUUGUGUGCUAUCCCGGACUACGAUGUCUGUCCGAAAUAAAUUUUAUUCAGAUCUGUCCAGCCAUCUUUGUGAAUAACAAACCUGUAAUUUGUAAAAAUUGCUUUGAAUGAAAAACAUAUUAAGUUGCUUAGAUAUUUUUUACUAAAUAUUAACCGCAUCAUGACCUAAAUUGCCUCAUAAUUACCUCUCUUCUUCAAUUAAACGAAAAUCUGUGAGAGAAGUAAGCAUAAUAAUCUACAUAAUUUCAGUUCAGAGAGAAAAGAUCGAGUCGAGAUCCUCAAUUAGAAUUUUUAAAGAUUAAUAAUGCUUGUCAAUUAUUUUUGCAGAUAUGAAAACCAUGAGAAGGAAGAUAAUUUUACUAUUAACACUUCUACUCGUAUCAGAUGAUGUAUUCGGAAAGAAUGGGAAUAAAACCAACAAACAGACAAAACGCUUUCAUAAAACCAACAAUAACGACAGCAAACAUAAAUUUAAUGCUCGCGUAAAAAGAUCUUUGAGCACUGAAAAGAUAUUACUGUCUAACAAAGAUGUAAUAAACGAGGAUUCUAAUCAAUACAAUUAUCUUGAUAACAAAGAAAAAACUUUAAAACUAAAAUCAAUCGAUGAUCAAGAUUCUCCGUUUUGGGGUAACAGAGGUAGACGCGAAAGUUCUUCCGACGAAACAGUUCCUGACGUUCAAUUACCAAAUCCGAAAUAUAAGCAGAAUAAAAAUUUAUACAAAGUAAUAUUGAACUUAGAUCCAAAAUUUAAAGAUGAAGUUUCUCCAUUUUGGAGCAACCGAGGAAGACGUAGUUCUGAUGAAUCUAAAGAUGACGAUCCACCUGAAGACUUCUUUUGGGCAAAUAGAGGAAGGAGACAAGAUGAUGACCCUUUCUGGGGUACAAGAGGUAGAAGACAAGAUGAUGAAAAUCCUUUCUGGGGCAAUAGAGGUAGAAGGGACAAUCUCAUUUCAUCAUUUUCAAGCAGCAAGGACAGGAUUGACGACGAAGAACCUUUCUGGGGUAAUCGUGGGAGACGACAGGAACAGGAACCAUUUUGGGGAAACAGAGGAAGGAGGGAUUCAUUUGAAACCUUAAUUCACGGAAAAAAUAAAUUAAAAUCGCUGUACUUGUACAAAGAUGUAAUAAACAAUAAAAAUGAGCUGAAAGAUUCUGUCAUUGAUGCUAUAAGUGAUUUAAAAAAUAACAAUGGCAACUAUGAGAGGAAUAGAAGAGACGAUCAUACACCAUUUUGGAUCAACAGGGGAAGAGAUAGUAAACUUAAAUCUUUAUUUAAUGGUAUAGCAAGAAAUCGUAUGGAAUAUAAUCCAAAUACUGCUAACAACAACUUGGAAAAUGAACCGCAUACUAAGACGUUUCAGCAGAAUACUGUUCACGAUGAUAGAAUUUAUGCUGAAGAACCUCAUUAUAUACUAGUGGAACGUAGCAGUCGUUCUUCAGCGGAGGACGAUCCAUUUUUUAUCACAAGAGGUAAAAAGCAUAGUUCUUACAUGAAUAAGGCGACUCGGGGACGACGUGGAGCGUUAGAAGAACUUGUAAAAUCUGUACGUAAUGAUCCAUAUUACAUAGCUAGAGGUAAAAAAGACUAUAUAAACGUUGGCAAAUCGAAUGCAACACAGAUCCAAUUCCUCAAAACAAGAGAUCUCAUAUGUGCAACAGUUGAACUGUUAACGAUGAAGUAUUCAGAAGGAAACAAAGUGAAAAGACAAGCAAUAGACAACGACAGGGAUAGAAGAACGAUUUUGAAGAAGUUGGCAUUACAACUACAGAUGGACCCGUACUUUGUGAGCCGAGGGAAGAAAGAUGAUGUAAGCAAUAUCGAUACGGAUGCUUUAGAGCAAUUUAUAAACAAAGUUAUUGUUUUAUGCAAUUAGACUGACAGACAAAGGGCGAGUUGGUCAAAAUCAUCACAAAUUUCGAUAAAAACGUUACAUUUUACAUAAAAACUACGCAGUAGGCUGGAAUUUGGCUUUUGCCAUUUAUGGAUUUUAUAGUAUAUAAUAUAUAAAAACGAUAUUAUGAUGAUAAGUAAUUCUUAAAAAUGCUAGGCUGCAAUCACUAUGUACUAAGAACAUUAAACAUUCAUUUUAAUUGUUUGUAUCAUUAUUGUGAGCUUGUGAACUUUUCAUGUGAUUAGUAAAUCAUCGAUGAAUUAAAAAUAGUGUUUCAUUUUAUAUGAGUUUUGUCACAUUACAGAGAAACAUAAUCAAUCGUAGCUAAUGUAUCAAAUAAGUAACAUUUGCACAUUAAAUAUUGCAUUAAAUAUUCACCAACGACUUGCAGCGGGUUAUCAAAUUGUUACCUAUUGUUUUCUUUUGUUUGUCUUGUACAAAUCACUAAUA